GUCAAGUGUGAUGAUGCUGCACUCAAAGAAUAUGAAGCCCAGCGGUUGUCCUCAGUCUUUCAAACCAGCAGAUCUACACCUUGUGGUUUUCUGUCAUUCCUCUAACACACAAAGAAAAAAUCAAAGUGGACAGGAACUGACUUAUUCUACUGAAUUUAAAUCUAUAUCAUUACAAAACACCAACUGCAGACGUCGACUCCUUGGUAUAUAAACUUCUAAAAGUUUGAAAAGAUCAAGGACGCCGCCUCUACUACGCCGCGACACCGUCAGCCCCCCCGGAUCCCAGCUGCUGCGGUGAGGACUCGUCACGACUCCGUCGCCUCUCCCACCUCUUACCUGAGUCCUUCUCAAAGAAAAGGCAGCACGAAGGUCACUUCUCGGGCAGUGAAGUGGCGGGAGACGCGUGAGCGUCGAUCAUGUCCCGCGGCAUUCGCGAGACUCCGUCGACGCCUCGGUCGACGGAAACAUCUGCGGCAUCUGCAGCAGCGGCCCGAGCUUCCCACGGCGACGGCGACAUGCGUGUGUGUGUGUGUGUGUGCGCGCGCGUGUGCGUGUGUGUGCGCGCGUGCGUGUGUGUGUGUGAUGACUUAUUAUCACGCGCCGAUGGUGAUGUGGUCAGUGAUGCCACAGCUCCGCUCGCAAGAGGCAGCCGAUAUCAUCAGACGCCAUUUUUUUUUUCUCCUAAUAUCAUCCCCACCUACAGACAGAAACAACGUAACAAAACGCAACUUCUAUAAUAUAAACUUUGACCGGAAGUUGAAGUGAAAUCGCUCAUUUCAGGUCGUCGACGGCGUGUGAGAUAUUUGGAUUGAACUGGACUAAUGAAGUAGUGCGUCAUCACGAUGUCAAAUGUAUUUUAAAAAAUAUUAUAUGAAUGAUAUGAUAUUCAUAUUUUUUUUAAAUUUAGAAUACACACGUCAAGGGUAGUUGUGUGUGGUUGGGUUGAGCUUGUUUGCUCUAAUAAACUAAAGUGAGUAAAUGUAUCUGAUUUUCCCUUCAGAGCUUCAUAUAUAUGAGCUUAACUUGAAAAAAAAAAACAGUUUAUAAUUUUUCAUUUUCAUAAUAUUACAAAGUCCAGUCUGUCCAUUUCGUUCCCCUCAACUUCAAAAUAAAGUUACAAUGUUCUUUGAGGUAAACAAUGGAUAAAAAAAGUGAAUGGUAAAGUAUUAAUAAAUGUUAUUAUAAUUUUAAACAAUUUAGCAUUGAUUAAGAUAGAUAGAAAGUGGAUUUCAGUUAAAUUGAAGUGUUAUGGCUUAAUAUGACAGGAGGUAAAUUAUAUCUUAUCCCAAUGACACAAGUCCCCUCAGAGAAUAAUAAAGAAAUUGCAGGAUCUUCUCGUCAAACAUCCUCAAAUAUCCUUUUGUCGUUACACCUGCAGUAUUGGAUUUGGACGUCAGGGGGCAGCACAUACCUGGUGCUCACUGUGCUCUGUCCGUGGUCCUGAAACUUUUAAAUGCACAGCAAUCUUUAUUUUAAUUACACCUGUUCAUCAUCAUAAUAAUACACACCAGUCUGAGCUCAGUGUAUCAAAUGUCUUCACAUGAGUGCUGCUUAAAAUCAUUUCAGUGUAUUAUAUACAAUAUAAUUUAUGUCACACAGUGUCGUGUGUGUCACGUUUAACAUAAACAAGCUUAAUGUGAUGUGAAGUUGUCAGUCAAACAUAAACUAAACAAGUAAGAUUUAUGUAAUAGUUAUAAUAAACCUUAUGUGUUUCAAAUGCACAAAAAACAGCUGGUAUAAUCAAAUCCAAUGUGUUUCAAAAAUAUUAAGAGACUGAUUUUUGUAUUUAAUUUGAACGAGGUCUAUUUGUUUGAGAUCACAUUGGGUUGGUCAGUUUGUGUAUGUUGAAUCGGUGUAAUCCAAAUGGGUGGAAAUUUGAAUUGAAUUAGCCCCAAAUAGUUUUGUCAGUGAGUGAACAGCAGGAAAGGAAAUCACGACUAUCACCACCUAGACCGAAUACACAAUAGUUUUACUUACAGGUCAAAUGCAGGACCUUUAUGCGUGAUUGAAUAUUUUCAUAAUUUCCUAAUUUGACUCAACUCGUCGUGUUAUGGCCCAAACUGAAACACCGAAACCAGACUCUUUUUGCACUUCUUUUUGCGGGCGUGAUCUCACGGGGUUAGUCAGCUGACGUGUGACGUCACACACGUCUGGCCCUGCAGUCACCUGUCUGCCCGACACACCUGCAUCCAGCCACAGAUCGGUGUCCCCCUGGCGGUGAGCCGCUCUCCUCGUCACCUUCAUUCAACAUGUACGACUCUACGCGCACUCCUCUAUCUCUUCAUUCGUUUCCCUGUGGGAGCAUUGUGUACAAAAAAUGAGGUCCCUUUUAACGACAUUCAUCAGGUCGUCGAUGCGGCGCGCAGCUGCUGCGCGCACACUUCGUUUCUGCCUCCUUCGCCUUUUGUCGCAUUGGAUUUAAAGGAGAAGAGUUCGGAUUUUUCCUCCAUCAUCACUGGGACUCGGGACUCGAGUCGUGUGGACGGUGGCUGCCCGGUCUCCACUGCGGGCUGGUCAACAUGGGAUGUCGGAGUGAGAUGGUUGUCAGUGACUCGAACCGUGUCCAACUCCGGUGAUUCCUCCGGGACUGGAGAAGGCAGCAGUGAGCCUCACAACUCAGAGGACACAAGAAGGACGCUGGGACAGCUGCCCGUCCAGGUCCUAUCCCCCUGCCCCCACCACCACCCUGCUGGAUCAUGGGUAACCACACUGGCAAAGACGGCCAUGUCCCUGCAGUUUCUCCUCUAGACUUCUUCCAAACGCCUCCGACCACGCCCUCAGAGGCAGACCUGGCCACCAUGGCCUUAUCCGCGGCAGCCUCUUCCCCUGAUAAAGCACAGACGUCUUUGCCGGCCGGCAGCACCGCCCCCUCCCCCGCCGCCACCACUCCGAACGCAGACUGGACACAGAAACUGUCUGCCUCCUCGGAAUGGGCCGUGAUCGACAGCGUCACCCCCCCGGAGGCGAACGUGAGCGACGCAGCGGCGCUACACGAGAAGGCGGCGGCGGCGGCGGCGGCGGCGACGACGACGACGACCGGCUCGGGCACGCCAGCGUCUCUGCCUCCCUCCGGGGGUUCACCUUCAGAGGCGGAGAGCUGGCAGGAGAGAGACAGCGGACUGGAGCCGCAGGCUGCAGCAGAGAGAGCCGAGGAGGAGAUGACCCUGGUUCUGCUCAGUCUCAUGGAGCAUCAGAGGGCCUCACUGGGCCUCAGCCCCAAGACGGAUGUGACCACAGGAGCAGUGGAGCUGCUCAGGCGUCUGAUCACGGAGAGAGAUGAGCUGGUUGAGGAGGUGGACACACUGAGGGAGACACUGAGGACGGAGAGGCUGGAGUGGCGUCAGUUCCAGUGCGACCUGCAGGUGGCGGUGUCCGUGGCCGACCGGCUGCGGGCCGAGUCGGAGCAGGCCCUGGGUUCGCUCCGGCAGAGCCACAGGGCGGCGGAGGAGCAGCUGGCCCUGGCCCUCGGCGGGCAGCGGGAGACGGACCGAGAGCUGGAGAGUCUGAGGGCCGAGCACCGAGACGUCUGCCGCAAACUGACUGAGCUCAGCCUGCGGCGGGAGCGAGCCGAGCCGGCUGCUCCGAGAAACACGCGCAGGGCGACGGACGAGGCACGCGGUGAUGAAGAGGCCGAGAGGCGGGACUCUGAGGAGGCACAGGGAGGGGGAAUACAACACGUGAUGGAGGAAGUCGGCGCUGAGACUGAAGCUAAAAAUGUGGAAAAGCAGCAGAAGCAGAAUGAUGCCGAUGGAGACACGGAACCUGGAGAUGCAGCUCAGGAGCCCGAGGAGGAGGCGAACGGACCAGGGAGCCUGCAGCUGACGGGGAGGGGGGUGGCCGAGGGAUACCUGCGCAGUCUGGCUGCACUGGAGAAACGUGGCCAGAGGGAUCCCAGGAAGAUCGCGAUGCUGUCUGAACGAUCUUGGAGUUUAUCUCGUCUCCCGCUCCCAGCCGACCCCUCCGGGCAAAACGGCGCCUCCAUAAAUGCAAGCACAACGUUGCCGCUAUGCAAGAAGGAGCAGCCGACAAACGGGAGGAGGAUGGAUCGAGUUUUGCAGCGGCAGGACAGUUGGUCCACUUUUUAUUCAGGAAAACAGGAUGACGACCAAAGCUCAGAUUACAUCAGACCUCAGGACGGUUUCAGUGCUCUGCUGCGGCGUCAUGGCGGCUCCAGGAGAAACUCGCUGCUGCGCUGGUGCCAAAGUCGUACACAGUGUUAUAAGAAUAUUGAGAUCACCAACUUCAGCAGCAGCUGGGAGGAUGGCUUGGCGUUCUGUGCCGUCUAUCACACGUACUUACCGACUCACAUCCCCUACGACAGCCUCAACCCUGACGACAAGAGGGAAAAUCUGCAACUUGCUUUUAAAACGGGAGAGAAUGUGGGAAUCACAGCCUCACUGACAGUGGAGGAGAUGCUGAAGGCCGACGGGCCCGACUGGCAGCGGGUCCUGGGUUACGUCGAGAGCGUCUUCCGUCACUUUGAGAUGUGAAGUGGUCGUCUCCUCUCGUCUUGUUCACGGUUUCUUGUCCCGCUGUUCUCCACAAGAGGGAGCUGAACAGCAAGGAUUUAAAAUCCAAUCAGCAAUAUCAGACUUUAUGAUAUGAUUUUUUAAUGUAUCACUUCGUUGGCCAUCACCCAGAUGAAAGAAGGAAAACAGUGUUUUAGCCUCUGAGACUUUUAUUUUUCUACACACUGUACAUUUUUUUGCGGUGGCACUGGAUCCGAAUAUCUGCCGGGUGAAUAUGCACAGCACACAGAAAUAUUUUAAAUUCAUAUGUAAAGCAGAAUAGUCACUUACUCAACAAUUUGUUUCACAUCCGGUGCUGGGUGCACUGGUUUUGCACAAUUCUUUUGUUUUUUUUAAACAAGCACUUUAUGAUCAAUGUAAUUUAAUGUGUUGAAGUUUUGAAUUGGAUGAUUUCAAAACCUGGGGCUCUUAGAUUUUAUUUAUCUUGGGAAAAAAAAUUUAGUCAUAGAUCUCUUCUGCCAUGAUUGUCAUGUCUGCAUGCACCCAAAACUAAAACCACAAAACAAAGGAGGGGGGCAGAUAUGAAUCCAGAUUUUAUUUUCUGUGAAAGUGAUGUUUUGACCUGAUGAACAACAGACUCUGUCUGAGGAGAGAAAUGUAAAUAUGUGUAGUCGCUUCAUUAUUUUUAAAAACAUGGUAAACUUAUUAAGAUGUUGCUGCCAAAGCCUUAUGCAAUAAUAAAGUUAUGUAUUAAUGUAAA